UGGUUUCGAAGGUCAGUUUUUGCGUUUGUUUGGUGACCUCCUCCGUCAAACUUUGUGCCGCCGGUGAAGUUAGUUUUUAAAGUUCAGUUCAGAGCAGAAAAGAAGGAGUUGUGUGGUGGUGGGAAGAAAACAAAACAGACAGCAGCGGAGACCACGCGAGGUUGUUCGCGUCCAAUCAGACACAUUCGCAUAAAACAGGCGAUAUAAUAAUACAAGAGGAAGUUUGGCGCGCGCUCUCCCGAGCGAGCCCAUCAACACGAACCGUGAAACGGUCAACCACGCUUUAGUUGCAAUUGCAGUGUCCACUCAGUUUGAUCAAAAAUGGCGGAACAAAUGAACGGAAGUGUUAAAACCGACGGCCGGAUCCUGCCGGCGGACAGUUACACCACCACCGAUCCCACCAAGCCGGUCAAGCUGCGCCUCGCCAGCGAGGGGGUGGCCUCGCUGGACCCGCUGUCCGUUCCGGAUCUGAUGAACCGUACCGUGCGCGACUAUCCGGACCACCCGGCGAUGAUGUACAAAAACGCGCAAAAAGUGUGGACACCAAUCACGUACAAAGAAUACCAGCAGCGCGUGCACAAGAUGGCCAAAGUGUUUAUCAAGCUGGGCCUGGAACCGCACCACACCGUCAGCGUGCUCGCCUUCAACAGCCCCGAAUGGUUCGUCUCGGAACUGGCCGCGAUCCACGCCGGUGGCAUCAUUGCCGGUGUUUAUACGACCAACUCGGCCGAAUCGGUGCAGCACGUGCUGGAGAGCUCCCGGUCCAACGUGGUCAUCGUGGACGACGCCAAGCAGAUGGAGAAGAUCUACGCCAUCAAGGACAAGGUGCCGCACCUGAAGGCCGUGAUCCAAACGACGGCCCCGUACGCGCCCUACGUCAAACCCGAGGACGGAUACUAUCGGUGGUCCGACCUGGAAGAGAUGAACACCGACGACGUGGAGGAGGAGUUCCAGAACCGGUUGGCCAACAUUGCCAUCAACCAUUGCUGCUGUCUGGUGUACACCUCUGGUACCGUCGGUAAUCCGAAGGGCGUGAUGUUGUCCCACGACAGCCUGACCUGGGACUCGUACACGAUCGGCAAGCGGCUCGAUCAGAUCCAGUACGGAAGCGAAGUCCUCGUUUCAUUCCUUCCCCUUAGCCACGUUGCCGCCCAGAUGGUGGACAUCUUCCUGACGCUGCAGUUCGCCUGUACCGUUUACUUCGCCGACAAGGACGCCAUGAAGGGCACGCUGAUCAACACGCUGCAGGAGGCCAAACCGACGCGCAUGUUGGCCGUCCCGCGCGUCUACGAGAAGAUCCAGGAGAAGAUGUUGGCCGUCGGAGCGCAGAGCGGAGCCGCCAAGAAGAUGAUCUCCAGCUGGGCCAAGAGCGUAACGCUGCAGCAUCACCUGAACGCCAUGGAGGGCAAGCCAACCAACUCGCUGUCCUACCGGUUCAUCCGGAACUUCCUGCUCUCGAAGGUCAAGGACGCGCUCGGUCUGUCCCGCUGUCUGACCAUGGUCACGGCGGCUGCCCCGAUGGACCCGGAAACCAAGAAAUACUUCAUGAGCCUGGAUCUUCCGAUCAUGGAGGCGUUCGGAAUGUCGGAAACGUCCGGUGCCCACUCGCUGACCGCUCCGGACAGCUACAACUUUGCCACGAUCGGUAAGAGUUUGGGCGGUUGUGAGACCAAGAUCGACAAGCCGGAUGAGCGAGGUCAUGGGGAGAUUUGUAUGCGCGGUCGGCACAUCCUGAUGGGUUACGUCGGGGAGGAGGCCAAGACGAAGGACGCCGUCGAUGAGGAGGGGUGGUUGCACUCGGGAGAUGUGGGCUACGUGGACGAGCACGGAUUUAUCUACAUCACGGGAAGGAUUAAGGAACUGAUCAUCACGGCCGGUGGCGAAAACAUCCCGCCCGUGCACUGCGAGAACCUGGUCAAGAACGAGCUGAUGCAGGUCAGCAACGCGUUCCUCGUCGGCGAUAAGCGCAAGUUCCUGACGAUGCUGGUGACGCUCAAAACGCAGAUGAACCUGGACAGCGGCGAGCCGAAGGACGAGCUUGCGCCGGAGACGGCCGCCUGGGUGAAGGGGCUGGGCGUGGAGCACACCAAGCUGAGCCAGAUUGUGGCGGCGGGGCCGUGUCCGAAGGUUCUUCAAGCCAUCCAGGAGGGCAUCGAUCGUGCCAACAAGAAGGCCAUUUCCAACGCUCAAAAAAUCCAGAAGUUUGCGCUGCUGCCGGUUGACUUUUCCGUGCCCGGAGGAGAACUUGGACCAACGCUAAAGGUCAAGCGCAACAUCGUCCAGGAAAAGUACAAGGACGUGAUUGAAAAGUUCUACGCCUGAAAAUGUUUGCCCCUUCUUUUGUUACAAAAAUAAUUAUUUUCUGUUAUGUUUUUGGAGAUUUUUUUUUAUACCUACUUUAGUUUAUUUGCUGUCGCAAAAGGCUAGCGAUGGGACUUAAAGACACUCAACCAUCACAACCAAAACCUGCUUAGGAUUAGUGUAUUGUACUACUACCUUUAUGCCAACGCGUGGUGAGCACGUUCGGUUGGUGAUAUUAUUUAGAGAGAAAAGCCAUCAAACGGUGGAAACCGGGGUGGCGCACCCUUUUCCACAGGUGGAUUAAAGACACACAUAUCCCUCCUCCCCGCAGGGUUCUGUACAUAAGAUUCCAUUUUAGGGCGUAAUUAUUACCUCAUUAGUAGAGAAAGAGCGAGAGUCAUAUUGUUGUGUGUUUAGUUGAUAACGGAGAAGCGACGGAGCGAAGCAGCGAGCAAGAAGUGCGACGCCGGUUAGCUGUUAAUUGAAUAAAAUCAAUUUUCGUAUAA